AUGGGGAGUUUACCACAGAAUGUGCUCUCUGAAUCUCAAGUUCACGACCAAGAUCACAGCCUUAAUCUCACGAAACUCGGAGACGGGUUCGAAGUGGCAGGAGACGAAGAAGUGAACGACAACCCGAUUGAGGAAGUGAGGCUGACAGUACCGAUCACCGACGAUCCAACACUGCCCGUUCUGACAUUCCGAACAUGGGUUCUCGGGCUGUCUUCCUGCGUCUUCCUCUCCGUCAUGAACCAGUUCUUCGGGUACCGUUACAACGGUCUCUACGUCGGCUCUACUUCGGCACAGAUCAUGAUGCUCCCGCUUGGCAAAUUGAUGGCUGCUUCGCUCCCCACUAGGCGCUUCAGAGUGCCCCUGACGAGUUGGUCCUUCACAUUGAACCCCGGGCCGUUCAAUGUGAAGGAACAUGUCCUGAUCACCAUAUUGGCCAAUUGUGGGGCCGAUGGGGUUCUGGCGCUCGCCAUCAUCACUGCAGUCAGAGCUUUCUACCACCGGAGCAUCCACGUUGUCGCGGCGCUGCUUCUCGUACUCACCACUCAGUUGCUUGGGUAUGGAUGGGCCGGAAUGUUCCGCAAAAUUCUGGUGGAUUCGCCUCAUAUGUGGUGGCCUGGAAGCUUGCCGCAAGUCUCACUUUUCAGGGCGUUACAUGAAACAGAGAAGAGGCCGAAAGGAGGACAAACCCGGCUGCAGUUUUUCCUCCUGGUGUGCAUAUCAAGCUUUGCUUACUACAUAGUUCCGGGCUACUUGUUCCCAUCUAUAUCGGCGCUGUCGUUUGUGUGUUGGAUUUGGAAGGACUCCAUUACUGCACAACAGCUUGGCUCGGGGCUGAACGGGCUUGGACUCGGUGCAUUCGGUCUGGACUGGUCCACGAUUGCGGGGUUCGUGGGGAGCCCUCUCGCCACACCAUUGUUUGCAAUUCUCAACACCAUGGGCGGGUUCAUCCUGUUUGUCUAUUUCAUCUUGCCGAUCGCUUACUGGAAAAAUGCGUACAACGCGAGGAGAUUCCCAAUGCUUUCUCAAGGGACAUUCGAUAGCUCAGGUCAGCCGUACAACAUUACCAGGAUUCUGAAUGAGAGAGAGUUCAGUAUCAACCUCGGCGAAUACGAAAACUACAGCAAGUUGUACCUCAGCUUCACUUUUGCAUUCAACUAUGGGAUCAGUUUUGCAGCUUUUAUGGCUACCAUAGUGCACGUUGCGCUUUUCGAUGGGAAGUCAAUUUGGGAAUUGUGGAAGAGGGCAUCAAGUGGAAUGAAAGACCAAUUCAGCGAUGUUCACACACGUAUGAUGAAGAAGAACUACGAAGAAGUUCCGCAAUGGUGGUUUCUGGCGAUAAUGGUCGUAUCACUAGCACUUGCGUUCCUUGCCAUUGAAGGGUUCAACAAACAACUGCAACUUCCAUGGUGGGGACUCAUUCUAUCAUGUGCAAUCGCAUUUGCUGUCACCUUGCCAACUGGGAUACUCGUCGCCUCUGCAAACCAGGGAAUCGGGAUAAACAUAAUCACGGAGCUGAUCAUAGGGUACUUGUACCCCGGCAGGCCAGUCGCAAAUGUGGCUUUCAAGACCUAUGGCACAAUUAGCAUGUGGCAAGCGCUUACCUUCUUAUCGGACUUCAAACUCGGCCACUACAUGAAAGUCCCACCGAAAUCGAUGUUCCUGGUCCAGCUAGUAGGCACCAUAGUUGGUUCCACCGUCCAAUUCGGAACAACAUGGUGGAUCCUCUCUAGCAUCAAGGGCAUUUGUGACCCAACUAAGCUCCCCAAGGGAAGUCCAUGGACAUGCCCCGGGUACGAUGUCUUCUACAGCGCUUCGAUCAUCUGGGGGGUCGUGGGGCCGCUCAGGAUCUUCAACAUUCGCGGCGUAUACCCUCAGAUGAACUGGUUCUUCCUGAUCGGGACGUUUGCACCGGUACCGGUGUGGCUGUUGUCGAGGAAGUACCCGGAGAAGAAGUGGAUCAGGAUGGUUUACAUGCCCAUCAUAUUGUCCGGAAUGGGCGGCCUGCUUCCUGCGAAGCCGAUUCACUUCUGGUCCUGGGGAGUAGUGGGAGUGUUCUUCAACUACUACAUAUACAAGAAGCAUAAAGGAUGGUGGGCUAGGCACACGUACAUUCUGUCAGCUGCUCUGGAUGUUGGGAUUGCUUUCAUGGGUUUGCUGCUCUAUGUUGCUCUUCAGAGGAAGGAGAUAUACGGCCCGCAAUGGUGGGGACUCCAGGCUGAUGAUCAUUGUCCACUGGCAAAAUGCCCUACUGUCACUGGUGUUUUUGUUAAAGGGUGCCCUGCCAUUCAGUGA